UCUUUCUGUCACAGUCGAUCGGUGGCCCCGUCCAAUUCGACUGAACGAACACCAUAAGGGCCGCAACGCCCGCAAGCAAAAUAGACAAGUGAGACUCGACAUUUCUAUUCUCCAAAAGAAAACCUCCGAUCAACUUUUCCAGCGUUUGAACCGCAACUUUUCCAAACGAGGAAACUGCACCAAUCGCUCUAAGCUCUUCAAAGAUCCUUGACUCCGGUGAACCUGGAAUAAACACAGAAGACAAAAAAUUGCCAUGGCAAAUCUCCUUGGCUCUUCUCCAUAAUAGGGGACUAGAUGCUUUUAGCACAGACGAGCAGGACGACUCUAAAAAAACGCCGGAACGAUUCGUAAGUGUUCGACACUUGGACAGACAGGAAAAAAGGGACUGAAAUGCGAACCAGCACCGAAAAAAGAGUCAUCGAACAACAAGACCGCCUUCUCUAAAGGAGAAUAAGCCUCCUAAAAAAAGCACAAUAACUUCGGUUACCAAGGCCAGAUCGGAGGAAACGUUCGAGACAACAGAUGAGAAGAUAAAUCGAUUCGGUCAAUUGUAGAGUGGCAUACACAUUUUAUUAUCUUCAUUUACUCGGCACUAAAUGAUGAAUGAAAUUUUUUGAAAAAAAGAGCAGCCCGAAAUACUUUUCAUCUACACAAAACGUCUAUAUAGGUUUAAUAACUAUUUAUUACAAGAUCCUUCAAUUGAAAUACUCUAUUCAAAAAUCCAAAACACAUACUUGCAAUUGAUAAAUGGCAUUCAUUUUCAGAAUAAUUCAAUUGUCCAAAUAAUCGUUUCUUUUUAUUACCCAAGAAGCAGCAUACUUAUUUGCAAGGAUACUCUAGAAAUAAAUAAUUUCGCAGGUCCUACGGCUUACGAACAUGGAAAUCACUGUGAUAAGUUUUCCGUCACCUCGAAGGAUACUGAUAUUGCCAUCUCGAUUGAAAACUAUGUCAAUAAUCAGAAAAUUUUUUAUUUCAAUCCGUAUCCCCUUAUAGAUAAGGACUUAGAGGUUUACGUAGAAAUUAAUAGCUCCGAUGAUGAUCAGCAGUUCAAAAGAAACAUUCCUGCUCUAUCUUUGCUUACACUCUGCACUGGAUUUUUAUUUUUCAUCACCGCAGUAUGGAUAUUCCAGAUGAUCCGAUUCAUCUCAGGAGCAUAUAAAUUCCAUUACACUUUGUGUAUCUCCCUGAUACUCAAAACCCUCUUCCUCUUACUCUCGACUACAAUAGGCUGGAGCAGUAUGGAAUUAAGUGGCCCAAUAUUAGAGAUUUACAAAAUGUUUUAUGUUAUAUCAAAAACUCUAGUGUACGCAACUAUAUUUAUCAUACUAUGCGGCAAUAUUUGUAGGAAUUGGACUGAAAAUUUAAAAAUUGAGAUAGUACUCCUCUUGGCAAAUACUUUCACUAUCUUGACGUUGUAUCUAUCCGUCUAUAGCUAUUUCAUGAUCCCUUUCCUCUUAUUUUUAGUUCUGCAUAUAGUGGUAUACCAACGCGCAGAAAGAGUACACAAAGAAUUUUUGGCAGAAGAAUUGAACCUUGGUGAAACGCCAUAUUCGCAAAAAAUGGUUUAUUGCUUCAAAAUUACCAAAUUUACUAUUUUGCUAUACUGGAUUGUACUGAUACCAUGUGUCCUCUUAUUGGUAAGUCUGCAUCAAAUAUUUACGCAGAUUUUAAUAGAUGAAAUAUUUGAUUUGAUAAUAUUGAUCUCAUUUGCGUGGAAAUUGAUACCUGCUGAAGACACCUCAAGCAGUGAAAUUGAGAAGACCGUAUUUUUGAUCGAACUAGCAGAUGAAUGUAACAAUAGUUGAAGUUGUGAUCUAAGCUAAAAAAAGUAAAUGCUCUUUUUUGAAAGAAUACAAUAAAAAUUGCAUUUAUCCUGAAUAAUCAGUUUGAUUAAAACGGUUGAUGGAAGAUUUUGAGUUACGCAGCUUAUCAAAAAAGCGGUUUAUAACUGAACGUUUAAAAAAAUAAAAAUAGAUAGCCCUAGUUUUAUAGCUACAACAUAAUUCAGCAUUAUUGAACAUCUGGUGUUUUGGAUCAGGCAAACACCAGAUUAAAAUGCGCAAAUGAAUGGAAAAGAAUCAAAUCAAUGACCAAAUACUUUGACAGUUAUAAUUGUGUUUUUUUUUGACACCUAAAAAUAACAUAACUAUAGAAUUUCGUUUCAAGAAAAUAGAGGCAUUGAGAAAGAACGAAGGGAUUAUCAGGUUAGUUAAUGAAUACCAGAAUUUGAGAUGUUAAUUUUUUUUGCCACCGAGAAGUCCAGAUGACAUAUGUCACAAAGACGACACGCGCGGAUAAAAAAAAUACAGAAAAGAAAGAUAACAUGUCAAUUUAUCAGUUUAACUCUGCUUGAAUAGUGUUAAGUUGACUAAAUACUCAUCAUGUCUUCAUCUCCUGUUGGUGUUAGUAUUUUGCCUGCACCCACUCCCGAUUCAGCUUCAAUCCUUACCUUUGAGGCGCUCGAGUUUUUGGCGCAUCUUCACCGAACGUUUAAUAAAACUCGUGAAGAGCUUUUAUUCAAGCGUACUGUGAGAGCAGGAAACAUAGCCAAUAAUGAAAUGCCAACCUUUCUGUCGAGUACUGCAUCCGUCAGGAAUGGAACGUGGAAAGUUGCAGAAACGCCUAAAGUUUUAGAAAAACGUCAUGUGGAAAUUACAGGACCGACUUCUCCAAGCAAAAUGGCGAUCAAUGCGCUGAAUAGUGGAGCCGACGUAUGGAUGGCCGACUUUGAAGACGCCCUUUCCCCUCUGUGGUCUCGAAUUAUCGAUGGGCACGUAAACAUGAAAGCUGCCGUACAUGGAACACUACACUUCACGUCUCCAGAAGGUAAAGAGUACAAAGUCAAUCCGAAUAGCAAGACUGUUCCUCUAUCUGUCUCGCGUGUGUGGCAUUUACUAGAAAAACAUGUGUGGGUCGAUGGGCAGCCCAUAAGCGCCUCCAUCUUUGAUUUUGGGAUGUACUUCUUCCACAACGCGCAUACUCUUAUAGCAAAAGGCUUAGGCCCUUACUUUUACCUACCGAAAAUGGAAUCUCACUUGGAAGCUCGUCUUUGGAACGCCAUAUUUUCAGAAGCACAGGAUCGCCUGCAUAUUCCCAGAGGGACGAUUCGCGCAACUGUGCUAAUUGAAACCAUUUUAGCUGCCUUUGAAAUGGAUGAAAUACUAUAUGAACUGAGAGAUCAUUCUGCUGGUCUUAAUGCUGGCCGCUGGGAUUACAUCUUUUCGAUUAUUAAAAAGUUUUGUAACUCGCCAAAGUCUGUCUUGCCGGAUCGAGCUGACGUCACCAUGAGAACACCUUUUAUGCAGGCCUAUGCGCAGCUCCUUGUCAAGACAUGCCAUAGGCGUGGUGCACAUGCGAUCGGGGGAAUGGCGGCCUUUAUUCCUACAUCUGAUCCUAAGGUAAACGAAUCUGCUUUCCAGAAAGUCAGAGAGGACAAGCUGUUGGAAUUAGAAAAUGGGUAUGAUGGUACCUGGGUGGCGCAUCCAGGGUUGGUUAAGCUCGUCGCAGAUCUCUUCCACGAGAGGCUUAAUGGUAAAAUGCACCAAAAAGAUCAGCUGAAGGAGCAAAUACACAUUUCGCCGGGCCAGCUGAUCGAUUUUACUGUCCCUGGAUUUAGGGUAACGGAAGCGGGUCUCCGUACCAACAUUCGAGCAGCCGUUCUGUAUCUCUCAUCCUGGCUUUCUGGGAACGGAGCCGUGGCCAUUAACAACUUGAUGGAAGAUGCUGCGACAGCUGAAAUAUCUCGAGCACAGAUCUGGCAGUGGAUUAGAAACAAGACAAGACUUGAAGAUGGAAGAGUGGUUACGAAAGAGCUGUAUAUGAAAAUGCGCGACGAGGAACAACUAAUGGACAAGCAGGCCGUUGAAUUGGUUAACAAUCUUGUAUUGAGAGACGAUUUUAUCGACUUUCUAACUUUGCUUGGGUAUGAGUCUUUAUUUCUUACCGCACCGUCAAAGCUGUGAGGCAAGCAGUUGACGGGGAGGUAGUUUAUGCCUCGUUAAAUUCUUAUUAACACAGAAUUUUUCUAUAAUAAAUAAUUCUGUUUGAAAUUUGGGUUUAGAA